AUGACUGUUUUAAACGUUUUUUAUAUUUUCUUUUGUGCCUGUUGUUCCCUGGCUGCCCCAGUUCCCCUCAGCCCCCGGGCUAACGAGGACUCCGUCGUUGGGAAACUCCUUCGCCUCGCUGUUGAGAAGGGCGCCGAGACUGCCCUCAAAAUCGGCGGCGUUGUCCUUUUGUUCCUUUUUAUAAGAGACCUGUUCACCUUUGGCUUUUGGUGGGGCCGUGUGGAGGUCCUGCGUUCUCGUGACUCCAGUCGCAGGCCGGACUCCGCUGCCAUUAAAUAG